UACCAGUAACAAAAACUACCGUUGCUGUCUCUUUUGUUGACAUCCGAUCAUUACACACACCGUUGAAGCUUUCCUGGUUGAAUCGUUAAUUCAAAUGGUAUACCUUCAUAUAAAUUUCUAGCUUCAAGUUACAGGAAACCAUCUUCUUCGACUAGCCAAAGGAAAAAGGCAGGUGUCAAAAUCGAACUGACUGAGGAGCAAAAGCAAGAAAUUAAGGAGGCUUUUGAUCUCUUUGACACAGAUUGCAGUGGAACUAUAGACGUGAAGGAGCUAAAGGUUGCCAUGAGGGCUCUGGGGUUUGAACCAAAAAAAGAAGAGAUCAAGAAGAUGAUUGCAGACAUUGAUAAAGAGGGCUCAGGGACAAUUGAUUUCAGUGACUUUCUCAGUAUGAUGACUCUGAAAAUGGGUGAAAAGGACUCCAAAGAAGAGAUAAUGAAGGCUUUCCGGCUGUUUGAUGAUGACUGCACAGGAAAAAUCUCAUUCAAAAAUCUCAAGAGAGUUGCCAAGGAGCUGGGCGAGAACCUCACAGAUGAAGAAUUACAGGAAAUGAUUGACGAGGCAGACCGAGAUGGAGAUGGAGAGGUCAGCGAGCAGGAGUUCUUACGCAUAAUGAAGAAGACCAAUCUUUAUUGAUGAGUGUUCGUUUUGUUUCUAAUAUUUGCUUUUGAUUCUGUUAGAAUAGCAACUUAGGCACAUUUGUUUCAUUUGUAAAUAAAUAUUUUAACAUUCUAUAUCUUUGCACAAAGUUUUCUACAAUGCAAGACAAAUAAAUCUAUUUCAUCAUAGUGGG